GAACUCGUUAUGACAAAGAUGGUCACCCAUCUACGGACCAACCGCGUCAAGCGCAGCUUAAUCUAUGUCCGAUUCACUUAAGCGGUUAUAGCUUAGCUACGAGCUAUUCCCAAUUAAGAUGUCAUUAAAGGAAAUAAUUUGAAAAUUGAAUUCCCGAUUGAAAAAAUCGAUUUCAAUGCGUAUUUCACAUGGAUUACUCUAAUAAAUGGCAAAUGUCUAUGUCAACCUCUGACAAUUGUUACCGUUUUUGAUUAGUGUCAUUCGCUUUUCGUAUCUUUGCGCUAGUGAAUGUGCUUUUCAAUUUCUCGACGUUUAUUUCGAUCUGGACUCCGAAACUGUUUGCUUUCUUCCUGACCCUCGCUUGCAUAUUGGACACUGUAACCUGCUUUCCUGCUGACCUUUGCCGGAAAACCGAUCCGGGUAUCGCUCUUCUGACCAUUGGUUAUCAUGAGCUUGUGCAUUAAUUGUGGAAUUGCAACGGACCGCUGCAACACAAUAGGAAGGCGAAGAUUGGAAGAUGAAGUGAUUCUUUCACUUGUACAGGAAUGGGUCGCGCCUCAAUCGGUAAAUGAAAAUGACUUUAUCUGUCAAGUUUGCUGGAAACAUGCCAAUACUGUAUCUCUUGAUGGAAAUAGACCAGAAGAGAGUGAACAGGUGCCUAUAGGACAUCGGCGUGUGUGUAUUCACUGUGGACGUUCUCUUCUGAGAAGAAUUCGCUGCCAUCAACUUAGAACUGGUACAAUUCAAGAACGCAGAAUACACAAAGUUAUAAGAGAAUGGAUCUUACCACGCACGGUGGGUGCUUCAAGUGUUGUCUGUCACUCUUGUUGGGUGCGAGCGAAUAGAGCAUCCCGGCAUUUUCAAUCAGGCCCCUCAACAUCUGCUGCAACUUCAUCAGCGGUCAAUGUGCCAAAUACUCAGGACAUUCCUCAUGUAGAAGAACCCCCAAUAAGGCAAGAAACUUAUUCUGCACCAAGGGCGCCUACCGUUGGAACUUUUAUUGUUUUACCAGAUUAUUAUAUCUUCUCAUACCAAAUGAACUGUUUGGUUGGCAUAACAGUGAAGUAAAACCCAUUGUUGUAUUAGAUGGUACAUAUGUUUAUGUGCAGAAAAGCUCAAAUUAUAAGUACCAAAAAAAGACUUACAGUUUGCACAAGUAUCAAAAUCUUGUUAAACCAUUUUUGAUUGUUUGCACAGACGGAUACAUAAUUGAUGUUUGGGGUCCCUAUCCAGUGACGACUUCUGACGCUGAAAUAAUUAAAAAAGAAUUUGGAAACGAAUCUCUUCUAAGGCAAUACUUUGAAUCUGGAGAUGCAUUUAUAUUGGAUAGGGGCUUCCGGGAUGCCUUGCCCUUACUCAAUGAUUGUGGCUAUAGGACAUAUGUACCAUCUUCUUUGCAACAGGGUGAAUCUCAAUUGUCAACCCUUGAAGCCAAUAAAUCGAGAACAGUGACAAUAUGUAGAUGGAUUGUAGAAGUAGUCAAUGGUAGGUUCAAGCGAGAUUUUAAGAUAUUUCGACAAGAUUUUUUUAAUAGAGCUUCAAAAAAUGUAAUGGUACACUUUGAAGUGGCUGCCGCUUUAAUAAAUGCUUUCCACCCUCCUAUCGCAAACCGUAGUGAUGCUCAAGAUAUUCUUCAAAAAAUCAAUCAGUAUAUAAAUGUGGAAAAUCAAUUAAGUAACUAUGUGAUUAACAACAAUAUAAAUCGACGUAGAGCUCAGUUCCAAGCAAUAGAUGUCGAAAGACAUAAUGUUAGCGAGUUUCCCGUAUUAACAUACAGCGAACUUAUUCUUGUCUCCUUGGGCACAUACCAAAUUAAACAGGCCCGCUCUUACUAUGGCGAACACGUUAGAGAAAAUGGCUCAUUUGUUAUAGAAGUAUGUAGAGAAGUAACCGGUGACCUACAGCAAGAACUGGCAACAUCAGUCUCAACCUGGAUGUUAAGAGGAAGAAUAAAAUCCAGACAUAUUAGUAAUAGAAUGUAUUACGUUUAUAUAUUAGUUGACAGCUCUUUAAGUGGAAGGGAUGCUAUAAUCCAAUAUUACUGCACCUGUAUCGUUGGCAAAAGAACGGUUGGGUGCUGUGCCCACACCAUGAGCAUAAUAUGGUACCUUGGUUGGGCACGGCAUCAGGGUAGUCAAUUACCUCCUGCACAAUUAUUAGAUAAUGUUUUAUUAUAUUAUGAUAACCCCAACGAAGAUGUUGAAUAAAACCCUAUCUCAAAA